UAAUUUUUAUAACUGUAACUACUAACAUUAAAAAAAAUUAAGGAAAUGCAAGAUGAAUCAUAAUACUUCAAUUAAUUAUGAAUUGUCAUUGAAAUAUUGGGCUGAGAUUCCUCCGACUGUGGAUGGAGUGCUUGGAGGAUUUGGAUUUAUUUCAAAUGCUGAUAUUGAAGGAUCAAAACUGUUCCUUAAAUCAUUAUUUGCUUUAGGUAAUGGCCCUGCUCCAAAUCUUGCUUUGGAUUGUGGUGCUGGUAUUGGCCGGAUAACAAAAUUUUUACUUAUACCAAACUUUCAAAAGGUCGAUGUAAUAGAACCUGAUGAAAAAUUUAUUAACGCAUUAGCAGACUUUGUUGGUGACGACAAAAGUAAAGUUGAAACCUUAUAUAAAGUCAGCUUACAGGAAUUUACACCAGAGAAAAAGUAUGAUGUUAUCUGGAAUCAGUGGGUUUUAGGGUAUUUAACUGACGACGAUCUUGUACUAUAUCUAAACAGAUGCAGAGAUGCAUUGACUGAAAAUGGAGUUGUAGUUGUAAAGGAAAAUGUCACCUCAUCAGGAGCUGCAGAAAAAGAUGAGGCGGAUUCAUCAGUGACUAGAUCAUUAAAAGAUUACAUGAGAAUUUUUAAGAAAGCAAAUUUAAAAAGGAUUAAGCAAUGUAAGCAAACCAACUUUCCUAGUGGAAUUUAUCCCGUUUAUAUGUUUGCUCUUGUACCAAAUACAAGAAUACCAGAAAUAUCAUAUACUACUAGAUUGAGAAGCACACACCAUAAUGCUACUUAAAACCCAUAAGAAAUCAAAAGCAUCACAUAUUAUUUUGGCAUUACUAAAGUUGGAGACAAAAUGUGACGGUACGCAAAUUGUAUAAAUGACAAAUUAAAGAAAUAUCUAAAAAUG